UCACUUUAAUUAGCCAAAGAUUAGAAACUGAUAGCAUUACAUUUGUUUAUGUGAAACAUAAUACAUUAUUAUUACUGCAUUUAUGUGUGUGUUAAUUUAUUAAAACUUAAUUAAAUUAAUCAUUUAUAAUAUGUUGGGCAAACGUUCGUCAAAUGCAGGAAAAAAUCGAUCAUCGAUCAAACAUGAUUCUAAUAAUCAAAUGUCUCAUAAAACUAGCAUUUCCAUGGUGCCUGGAUUAAAUAAGCAACAAAAAUCUAUUGUUGAUGACAGAAAAAUGCGAGCAGAAGCAAUUGCUUCUCUUCCUGUUUUAACAACACGAGAUAUUGCAGAACAGUUUCCUACCUAUGCAGCAGUAUUAGCUAGAUCAGCCACAAGUGAAACAGUAUUAGAUGAAGAAUUGGAAUCUCUUCAGUUUGAAUUGGAGUCUCUUCUUUCAUCAUUAGCAUGCAAAAUAAAUUUGAUGCAUAUUGAAAUUGAUGUUGAAGAUUAUAUUCAAAAAGAUCAUAAUAAACGUCUGAAAUUGAAUGUUAAACAGACACAAGCUUCUGGGAAUCGAAGAAAAACAACUGAUAAAACAGUUCCUCAUAAAGCUGCAAAAGUUAGCAACAAUGUAUAUAAAUCAAAGAAUUUUAAAAAGGUCCGGAAUUCAGGGAUGGGUGAAGUGAUGUCCGAUAUGAAAUCGGAUCUAUCAAAACCUGUAGUAAUCAAAAAUGAUACUGCUUUUAAGUUUUGGGCUUCUGUGGAUCCUUACUGUGCCCAACUUGGAACUGCAGACUUGGAUAAAUUAAUGAAAAUUAUAAAUAAAUAUGAAGAACCUUUACCUGCAAUACCUGAAUUAGGACCUCAUUACACACAAAGAUGGACUGCAGAUGAUUUUUUAAUGGAGCAAAAUUUUUCUUCAUCAGAAAGAAUGCAACCAAAGAAUAUAGACAUGAACUUAAAUAUUCCAGCUCAUAUUGCUACAAUGUUGAAGCAUACUGAAGAAUACAACGAAAUACCUGGGCCACUCACACAAAGACUUCUGUCAGCAUUAUUGAAUGUACCUGAAAUUGAAAAUAUAGAACAUAAAUUAAAUAGCGAUACAGAAAAAUAUUUGCGAAAAGAAUUGAUUACUUUGGGAAUUAUGGAUGAGGAUGAUUUUCCAAAGCCAAAUCCAAAUGAUGAAGUUUGGGAAGAAACAAAACGAGUUUAUUUAGAUUUAACUGCAUUAAAUAAACAAAAUGUUCAAAAACUUAAGGAACUUCAUGCUGCAGCACAAAUUGAAGUGAAAAAGACAUCAUUAAGGAAAAAGUUAGAAGUGGUUGAUGGUCAGAUUUUAGAAGUUGUCAAAAAGUUUCAAUUAAUGAAACAGGAAAACAAACCAAUAACCGAAAAAGAUUUACAAGAAGCUGAAAAGCUUUUGAAAGAACAAAUAAUAUUGAAUGAAAAAAUUAUAUCGAUGCCUUCAACAGGACCUCAUUGGGUUUAAAUAAUAUGCACAAAUGUUCUCUUAUAUGUUAUUAUCUAAUAUAUGAGUAGAUAUAUUUAUAAUAACAGAAUAUAAUAAGAAGGCAAAUUUACAUUAAUAAAGAUCAAAACCAGGAAAUUUCACAAAUUAUAUGAAAUUUAAUUUUAUAAUUUUAAUUUAUUGCUGUUUAUUACAUUGUAUUAUGAUAUGUAGUCUUUCUGCAAAGUCAGUUCUGAUCUUUAUUUUUUAUAUUGAAUAAUAAAAGAACAGGGUGUUCCGAACCUUAACGUCAAUCAGAAAUGAGGUAACAGUAUUGACCUUAACUGUUCUGAAAAAAAUUGGAAAAAAAUAUCUUAAGUUGUUUG